CUCGUUGUAAUCCCGCGUAGAGCGAUCGGCACGCAUUAUCUCGCGAGAUCACAGCGGCAACUUCCUCUUUUCGUUCUCGCCACCAUGCCGACCAAGAAGUCCAAGACUAGGAAGCUGCGCGGGCACGUCAGCCACGGCCACGGGCGCAUCGGUAAACACAGAAAGCAUCCUGGAGGUCGCGGUAAUGCCGGUGGAAUGCAUCAUCACAGAAUCAACUUCGACAAAUACCAUCCAGGUUAUUUCGGUAAGGUGGGCAUGAGGCAUUACCAUCUGAAGAAGAACACCGUCUUCUGCCCCACCAUUAACCUAGACAAGCUGUGGACACUGGUCAGUGAGCAGACGAGGGUCAACUACAGCAAGAAGCCCGACGGCCCGGCGCCCAUCAUCGACGUCGUGCGCGCCGGCUACUUCAAAGUGCUGGGCAAAGGCAAGCUGCCGAAGCAGCCGGUGAUCGUGAAGGCCAAGUUCUUCAGCCGGCGGGCCGAGGAGAAGAUCAAGGGUGUUGGAGGAGCGUGUGUGCUGACCGCAUAAACACCUUUUGAUAAAUAAAACUGAUGGAAAAACUCA